UUCUUGCCGCCGAUGGACUUUAAAUCCAGUCUCCCAAAAAGAUAUCUAUGGUUCCCAUUUCUUAUUAUUAACACCACCAUCCUUCUUUCUCUGUCCACAACUUCAUCAGCAGGCAACACAAGUGAUUACCUUGCUCUUGUGUCCUUCAAAUCUCUCAUAUCUGAUGAUCCCCUCGGAGCCUUAGCAUCCUGGAACAGCACCAAUCCCAAUUUCUGCCAGUGGCAAGGCGUCAUCUGCAACGAUACCGAUCACCCGCAAAGAGUAAGCGGAUUAGAUCUCAACUCUCUAAAUCUCACCGGCUCAAUACCACCCGCCAUAUCCAAUCUCACAUUCCUCACAAAUCUUGACCUCUCUGCCAACAAUUUCCAAGGGCUCAUACCACAGGAGCUCGGUCGCCUGCUCCAGCUCCAGUAUCUCAAUCUGAGCUUCAAUUCCCUUGGCGGCGAAGUUCCUGCUAGCUUAAGUAACUGCUCGCAUCUCCGAAGAGUCGUUUUAUACACUAAUAUGUUGGUUGGCAUGAUCCCGGAAGGGCUCGGUUCGCUUUCAAAUCUCUUGUCAGUUAAUCUCGGUGAAAAUAGUCUCUCUGGGCCAAUACCGGCGUCUUUUGGCAACAUCUCUUCCCUAACUGACAUGCUCCUCUAUAAUGCUGGCGUGGAGGGAAGGAUUCCUGACAGUCUUGGGAAACUCAAGAAGCUCAAAAUCUUUCAGGUGUCGAUGAACAAUUUAUCAGGUGAAAUCCCUUCCUCCAUUUACAAUCUCUCGUCACUUCAGUACUUUGUGGCAGGAAAUAACAAUUUGGUUGGCACUCUUCCGCGGGGCAUGUUCGAUGCUCUUCCAAAUCUUCAGAUGGUCCUUCUUUUCGAUAACCGUUUUAACGGGCCUAUUCCGAUUUCGCUCCCUAACGCAUCCAAACUGGUAGAGCUUGAUUUUAAAGAGAACAGCUUUACGGGUCCGAUUCCUUCGAAUCUAGGAAAUCUGAGGAAUCUGUAUUGGAUGAAUCUAAAUGCUAAUUGGCUUGAGGCUAGUCAGGCUAAUGGCUGGGACUUUCUUACUUCUCUAACCAAUUGCACACGUUUGGGGACAUUAGGACUUAGCAACAAUAGGCUCGGUGGCAUACUUCCGAGCUCUAUUGCGAAUCUUUCAUCGCAUAUGGACAUAUUAUCAAUAGGAGAGAAUCAGAUUGCUGGAAGUAUUCCUGACGGAAUUGGAAACCUUGCCAAUUUAAGCGCGCUUCUUCUUCAUGGGAACAAGUUGACAGGUGUCAUUCCUUCUGAACUUGGUAGCCUUCGAAAGUUGUAUGCAUUGAGGUUAUCAGGUAAUAGUUUCAGCGGGCAAAUUCCGUCUUCUUUUGGUAAUCUCACCCAACUCGACCAGUUAGACCUGAGAGCUAGUGGAAUUGAAGGAAGUAUUCCAGUUACUUUUGGCAAUUGCAGGAGUUUGAUUGCAUUGGAUCUUUCUGAAAAUAAACUGAAUGGUUUCAUCCCGAAAGAGCUUUUUAGCAUUGUAUCUUUAUCUGAGUUACUGAAUAUAUCACAUAAUUUCUUAUCUGGUACUUUGCCCUUUGAAGUGAGUAAGAUGACUCAUCUAUCUGCAUUUGAUGUUUCGAAUAAUCGUCUGUCAGGUGAAAUUCCUAGCAGUCUUGGUGAUUGUGAGAGUUUGGAAUUCCUUUACAUGCAAAACAACUUGUUUGACGGAACCAUUUCUCAAUCCAUGAGCAGAUUGGAAGGCCUCAGAGAGCUAGACCUUUCAAGCAAUAACUUGUCAGGAUCCAUUCCUGGAUUUCUAGGGAGAUCUUCUCUAGUGUAUCUUAAUCUUUCCUUGAAUAAUUUUGAGGGUGAGGUUCCAAAAGAGGGCAUAUUUCUGAACGCAAGUGAAGUUUCAGUUAUCGGCAAUAACAAGCUUUGUGGGGGUGUCCCCCAACUGCAUUUGCCUAGAUGUUCUACUCAAUCUUCGAGUAAACAUAGCUUGUCGAAAACUCUUAUAAUUAUCAUCUCAGUUUUCGGUCUAGUUCUAUUCUUGAUCGUGUUACUGAUUGUCUUUGUUAUUCUUCACCGGAAGAAGGUUUCAAGACUGAAAUACUCCUCAAAUUCCUUAAAAGAUUCGCAAUUUAUGAAAAUUACCUAUGCAGAAUUAGCCAGAGCUACUAAUCAAUUCUCUUCUUCCAAUUUAAUCGGUGCUGGAAGCUUUGGUUCUGUGUACAAGGGAAUUCUCAACGAGGGUAUCGUGGCAGUGAAAGUAUUGAACCUUAAGGAGAGAGGAGCAUCAAAGAGUUUCAUUGCUGAAUGCCAGGCCUUAGGUAACAUCAGACAUCGUAAUCUGGUAAGGAUCUUGACUACUUGCUCGACAGUGGAUUCUCAAGGUAAUGAUUUCAAAUCUCUCAUUCUUGAGUUUAUGUCGAAUGGGAGUCUAGAAGAUUGGUUACAUCCUGAGGUACUUGAACAAAGGAACUUGAGCCUUCUUGAGAGGUUGAAUAUUGCUAUUGAUGUGGCUUUUGCUUUGGAGUAUCUUCAUCAUCAUGCUCAUAAGCCUAUCGUACAUUGUGAUCUUAAACCUAGCAAUGUUCUAUUGGACGAGGAUAUGUGUGCCCAUGUGAGUGAUUUUGGCUUAGCAAGGUUUCUCAGUGAUAAAGCUGCUGAGUCUGAUGAAUAUCAAACUCUCUCUGCCGGAGUAAGAGGAACGAUUGGGUACAUAGCACCAGAAUACGGAAUGGGAACUCAGAUAUCUACUUGUGGUGAUGUCUUCAGUUACGGGGUCCUUCUGCUAGAGAUAUUUACUGGAAAGCGACCUACUGAUGCGAUCUUCAAAGAUGGUGUAGGACUUCACAAGUUCGUAGAAAUGGCUUUUCCUGAUCGAUUAUCGGAAGUCUUAGACCCAUACAUUUUAUCACAAGCGAGCAAAAACGAGGCUAAAAGCUCUUCGAUGGAGUAUCACUGCUUGGUUUCAGUGCUUAAGGUUGGUCUGUCAUGCUCAGAAGAAGAUCCAAGAGCUCGAAUGGACAUGAGAAGCAUCACCAGGGAACUGGUCGCAAUUAGAGAUUUGCUUCUUUGAAUGAAUUGCUUUACAACUUAGUUUUCCCAACGAUUGCAUGAUACCAGCGAGUAACUUGUAUGUAUUGAUAUGAUAAUCACAUGUAUAUUCUCCUUCUUAUAGACGCAAUGUACAGAAAUAGAGAAAGAGGAAAAAAUAAAAAUAAAAAUAAAAAUACAAUGGUUCACAACUUGAAAUACAGCUGUUAAAAGAAGAUUCAAGGGCAUGUACAUGAGAACUGUCGCCAGAUAAAUGGUUGCUGUUAGAGAUUUGCUUCUUAUCUUAGAUUUUUGUUAA